AUGCCGCGCGUUACUCCCUGGAUUUGCGUCGAAGAAUGGAGACGAGUGUACGAUUGGUUAUAUUCUAGAGAUGUGCGGACACAGAGGCGAGGUCUAGAUCGCGUGAUCUCGUGGAGAAGUCGUUGCAAAUUGCCAGUGGCUGUCGAAUGCACUGCAGCAUUCAUCGACUCUCAACUGCAAGACAUAACAACAGAUGCUCGUUCAGCUUAUGCUCUGGCUAUUGUUAGAUUUAUUAAUGGUAUAACAGAUGGCCAACAGACUACAGUGUAUGCACGAUCGGUGGCUGGUAUAGCGAGUGAGAUGGGGCUGCCUCAAUGGCUCGUCGACUUGAGACACGACUCGACACACAAGAUAUUACCAUCUAUUGAGUUGCUGAGGAAAGGCUGUAGCGAGGCUCUAAAAUGGCUGGAAAUUAAUUACUGGAAAGCUCAUGUUGAUGCAUCACAACAGGACGACGAGAGCGAGAAACAUCAGGAAGACAAGGUGGCGUCUACUCUGCAGGAUUACAUUCGUUGUCAACUCAAGAUUAAACGAAUCGGUAAUACGCCACGAAAGGUGGCAGCUCGAGAGUCUAUACUCAAUCAUUUAGUGAACGAAGUGAGUCGACUGAGCGACCACAAUCAAACGCUUAUAGAAUUAUUAAUAUCAAUUUUUGUAACACACCAAUACAAUGAUGGCGAAAGUGAUGUAUGUGAAAACGGUGAUGAUGACCAAUCAGUUGAAUUAACUACCAGCAUGGUCGACAUGUGGCAACCACUCGUGCAACAUUUGCAUACCCGUGUAGUCGGGUUCGUGUCUCGCCUGUUUGUCCAUUUGUUCAAAGCACUAACUUUGUCUCAAACAAACAAUCACGUAAAGAAUCUAAUGUGCAGCCAUGUUGUGUCGCUCGUAAAAUGUUUCUCACAGUCUGAUGAAGGAGAUCGGGUGUUUGACGUUUCGUUGAUGCUUCACGUUGUCAAUCUAUGUUUGCACUAUCCAAGCAUGUACAGUGGAAAGAUCUUGGAAUGUGUGAUGCAGUGUGUUAGCGAGCAAGAAGCAAUGCAGCAGUUGACUGAAUGGAUUGACAAGGCUAAGACACUAGUUGAUAUCUACAGUGGAUGUAAGAAUGACAAAAUGAGUGAAACGGACGGUGAGAUCAGAGGUGAAGUCAGGGAAGAGACGGAAUACAAAGAAUGGACUGUCGAAGACAUUCAAAAGAAAAUCGACAAAAAUCAUGAUACAGACAUGUCAAGUACAUGGACACGAUGUAUGGACAGAUUUGCAUGGGAAAUGUGUCCCAUCGGUUUGGCACCACAACAAACAAUGACAUGCACCAUGUUCACUCAUACGGCUGAACAUGAUCACGACGACAUUCCACCUCCUAUAGACACAGAAAAUGAGACACAUGUUGAUAUCAAUGAUGCAAGUGAUGCUGCAGACAUGAUGAUAAAUAACGAUUUAUCAGAAGAGUGCACUGAAGUGACAUACAAGUGUCCUACGGAAUGGACAGACGUGCAACUAACGGACUUACAACAACAGAUAGUGUUGUUCUAA